AUGUCUUUACUGAGUCCCCCACAGAAGACGACGUUGGUCGCCGUGGUGGCCGGGGCGGUGGCGGGGGUCGCCGCCUUGACGUGGAGCGUCGUUCAGCUCCAUCGACGCCGCGACGCCAGCAAUAGCGAGAGCGCUGGAGUGCCGCCGGAGAGUUGGACCAAGGCGCAGGUGGCGGCGUGGUUGCACGACAACGGCGUCAGCAAACACGCGACUGCCCUCUGCCGCCGCUUUAACUUGACGGGCGAGGCACUGCUGCAGGUGACGGAGCGCGACCUCUACCGCAUGGGUGUCCCGCUGCGCGACGCGCGGGUGGUGCUGGCCGCCGUAGAGGACUUGAAGGAGAGUCCGGUGCUGCUGGCUCGCGCGUCGCAGGCGCGGACUUCGCGGCAGCCGUCGCUCGCCAGCAUCUCGUCGCGCCUCCCCGCUGCGGUGGCCACCCCCGUCACCACGGCGUCCCCCGGGGAGCGCUUUGAGGCUGCGUGGAACGCGCUGGUCCGCACCUGCGUCCUGCCGUCUGAUGGCGCCUCGCCGACGGAGCAGCAGCAGCGCGUUGUGGUGUACACGAGCGCGCUGCUGGAGUGCUUCCAGGCGCUUUCCUCGCGAGAACAGGCGACGGCUCUGGCGCUGGUGGCCGCAGUGGAGGACAACGCUGCGCCGGCGCCGGUUGUCUCCUCCGACGCCUCUCCUCGAUCGCCGCCUGUGAAGAACCCAGCGGCACCAGCAAUGCCGGAUGCGGCGGCCGCUGCCGACUCUCUUCGCGAGGUGGAGACAAAGCUGCAGCCACUGCACUCCAUGGUGGACAGCUUCUUGAAGUUUCUGCAAUCUCCUGAGUUGGACGCCGUGUCCGCCGCCGACUUCGAGGAGCUCAGCGCGCGUGUGGCGGGGCAGGUGAAGCGUGUCGCGCGAGUGUGCGAGCAGCUGCCAGCCGAGAUGGGCGGCCCGCUGCUCCGCAAGUGCGAGAAGGUGUUUGAGGCGCUGGCACGUCGCCAGGUCACGGCGGCCGCGUCGCUGACAAGCCAAGAGGAAACCCGCAAGCCGGUCAUGCAGGCGCUCUACGAGGUGAUUGCCGAGGUGAAGGACCCGGCAACCCGUGACCUGCCACCGGCGCAGCGCGUGGCGGUGCUCUCCGCACUGGUGGAGCGUGCAGAGUCGAUCGAGGCGCUCGCCUCCGGCGCCGUGGAAGGUGCUUCCAAAGAUGACCAGGCGCUGCAGUUGGUGCAGCCGCUGCUGCGGUUUCUACGGGAAGCCGUGCGAGUGGGUGCCGAGACGGCAGCGUUAGAGGCGGAGGGGGAGGCCGCAGCGGCCGCACAGCAAGACGACGUCGACGAAGAGGAAGAAGAAGGCGCGGAGGGAAACGGAGAGGGUCGGGAGCGGGGGAUGACAAACGCGGACAUCCCCGUCAUUGUGGACACGAUCCAGCGGAUUCAGGAGACGCUGCAGUCCGCCGAAUUUCGCCACGCCCCGGCGGAGGUGCAGGCACAGCUGUGCGCCGUCCUCACCCGGCGCAUCUCCGCGCUGGAGGACCGCAUCGACACGCUGCCGGCUCCCACGCGGAGCGCAGGACGGGAGUUACUGCAGAACACCAAGUCUGUGCUGACAGCCGUGGGCAACGCCGCUGCGGUCGCCGCCCACCGUGUCGCUGAUCCGGACGAGGUUGCCAAUGGAAAAGAUGAAGGAGACGCGGCAGAGGGGGCAGAAAACGCGGCCGCGGUUGCACCUGUCGGCACUGUCGGCGUCGAAAGAUGUGUGGCGCAGCUGGAAAAGAUCUUUGAGUUUCUGUCUUCCGAGGCACUGGAGCAGGCGCCGGCAGAUGAGCGGGCGAAGAUGGCGAAUGAACUGGUUCAGCGAGUGGAUAACAUAAAAGACACACUCAAAGGCAGUCCUGCGGAGGGUCCCAUCGUCAAGGAGCUCAUCCAGCCGCUGUACGACCUCCUGAAGAGCGUGGCCACGACACAGGUCUUUUCCCAGCAGUUUCUCGACAUCACCGCCCCUCUGCGCGAUGUGCAGGAGCUGCUGAACAGCACCCCCUUUCAGCAGCUGCCACACGUUGAAAAGAUGCGCAUUGCGCGUGGCAUCGUGCCGCAGCUGCAGCAACUUACCACGACGCUUGGGUCGCUGCCACCUUCGGAGAGGGCCGCCGCGGAAGAGUUGGUGCGCCCAAUCAGCGAAGAGCUGCUCCGCAUUGUACGGGAGCGACCCGCGACGGAGGUGACGGCGCAAAGUGUGUUAGGCCGCCUGCAGACCGUCCUGCGCACCAUCCAAGGCGCGGAGUUCACGACGAUGACGCCGGCAGGACGCAGCGAGUGGGCCGCCGACGCCGUCGCGGAGUUGCAGCGCCUCAGCGACGACUGCGUGGCCCUCGGACCUGAGGGGGACGCGCUGCGGCCCAUCGUGGAGAGGCUGGAGAAGCAGCUGCGGAGCCUCUUCUCAGCGGACAGCAAUGCGGAGGGAGAGAAGGCACCGGCCACGAAUGCCUCCACCGAUGCGCCAGCUCCGGAGAGUGGGACCGCAGCGGCACAGUCACAGGGCGACGACGACGCUCAGUCUAUUUGGACGACGGUGCGUGCGAUGCAAGGUGAGUUGGCGCGGACGGACGCGCAGGGCACCUUCACAGCCCCUGCGCGGCUGCAACAAAUGCUGAGCGUCCUCGGCGAGGUAGCGGAAGCGACCUCCAUGACCGACGCGCAGGAGCGCCUGCUGCAGGACUUCGGUGAGGAGCUGCGCAAACAUGUCGAGGGCGUAACAGCCGCGCCAAACAACGCGGAGGGAGAGGCGGAGGCGGGAGAGGAGGCGGCGGACGACGCGUUGGAGUCGUUGCGUGUGUCGCUGCAGACGCUGCUCGACGUGGCGCAGGAGGACGGCGGCGCCUCCGGGGCUGAGUUGGCCUCCAUCGCCGCCAAAACGGAGGAGAUCAUUUCGAUGGCGGACGAGGCCGGUGUGAAGUGGCGCGACGACGCCCAGUGCGGUCGUGCCGUCCGCGGCAUUUUGGGUCUGCUUCAGCAGACGAGGACGGCGGGUGGGCCGGGCUCGGGUGGUGGUGCCGCCGCCGCCGCAAGAGGAGGGCCCAGCAAGGUGGAAGAGGUUCUCCAGUCUUCCAUUAAAGCCCUGUCCGACGCACCACCGACGACGGAGGAAGACUUCCUGCCCUUCAUGCGGGUUCUGCAGCUCGCCCAGCCAGCUGCGGAGCGGAUGACCAACCGAGAGCUUGUGCUGCUCAAGACCCUGCAGGAGUCCGUCAUUGAGGCGAUGCGGCGCUUACCCGAGCCGCCGCGCCCCGUCGGUGAGGUCGACAACAACGGCGCCCAUGCGAUGCAGGAACGAGAGGAGGAGCAGGCGGAGGCGGGGGCGGAAGAGGAGGGAGAAGGCACGGACGACGUCGACGCCGUGUUGGAUGCGCUGCUAGACAUGUCAUUUAAACUCCGCGACCGCUCCUACACGUCCGCGCAGCUGGACGAGUUUGAGGCGAUCCAACAUGACUUGGAGGACCUCCUGACGCGUGCCGGGGUGGACGCGACGGAGGCGAUGGCUUCGGUGCGGGAGCAAAUCCACCUGCAACGGAAGUCGUUGCGCCUCGCCGAGGGCAACGACGAUGACAGCAGCAGUUCGGCAGCGGGGGAAGGUGAGAACGAAGGCGAAGACGAAGACGAAGACGAGACGUCUCCGUUGGGUGCCGCAGUGGUGGUAGGCGAGGAGGCAGACGGAGAGGAGGAGGGGGCCGCUCGGGCGAGUGAGGUCAUUGACGCCUUCAGCGAGGACGACGACGACGGUGCAAGUGACGGGGCCGCGGUGGCGGCGGCGGUGGUGGCACCGACCCACGCUCCACAGCAGGCGGAGGACGAUGGGGAGCGGGAGGCGGGCGAAGAGAUGCAGGAGGAAGUCGCCAAGCCGUGA